CUAGUUUGCUUUUUUUUCUGUUUUUGGCUCUUCCAUCUCAAACCGUUUUCUCCUCGAUGAGCUCGGACAAGAAAGUGGCCAACGCCGUCGGUGGCAAGACGGCCCGAGCCUGUGAUAGUUGCCUGCGUAAACGUGCGCGUUGGUAUUGCGCCGCAGACGAUGCUUUUCUUUGUCAAGGCUGUGAUGCUUCAGUCCACUCAGCGAACCCAUUAGCACGACGGCAUGGAAGAGUUCGACUCAAGACUGCAUCUUUCAAGCCUAACGAUGAUUCCUUGGUUGAGAAUUAUGUACCGGCGUGGCACCAGGGUUUUACACGCAAGGCGAGAACCCCUCGUCAUGGAAAGCCAACUGCACUGCAGCAAUCCAAGAGUACUGAUCAUGAAGAACCAAUACCAAACCCACUUCCUCUUGUGCCGGAGAUGGGCAGCGAAGAGGCCUCACCGGACGAGAAUGAAGAACAGCUUCUUUAUCGGGUUCCCAUAUUCGAUCCCUUUGUCGCUGAACUGUGCACGCCCGCCACGUCCAACGAAGCAUCGAUGACUGCAAAUGAUUCGAGUACUGCAGCUGUGGGUACUGAAACGAAGGCCUUCCUUCAUGAAGGUCAUGAUGUAACGGGGGAUAUGGAUAACUUGCCUGGGUUUCUUCCCUCUGAUAUGGACCUUGUAGAAUUCGCCGCCGACGUCGAGACCUUAUUAGGAAAGGGACUCGACGAGGACUCUUUCGGCAUGGAGGGUUUGGGACUAUUAGAUUGUAAAGAUGAAGAGAAAACGGACUGCUGCUUUGGUAGUGGAAGGGUGAAAGUUGAAGAGGAGGAAGUUGAAGCUGCCGUAGAAUGUCAUGUGGAAGUGGAACUGGAGCACGACAUGGCCAGGGAAACACUAGACUUGAACUUCGACUAUGACUCACCAACGACAGCCGAGGACGAAGUAGAGGAGAAAAUGGUCACCGGAGCAACCAUGAUGGUGACGAACGGCGGAUGUAAAGCAGAGGAGACGACGAGAAAAACAUCAUUGAAACUCGACUACGAGGCAAUCAUCUCCGCUUGGGCGAACAAGGGUUUGCCGUGGACGACCGGCGACCGCCCACUCUUCAACCCCGACGACUGUUGGCCCGACUGCAUGGGUACGUGCCCGAUGACGGAAGUUCACCAUUAUCACCCUUACGGUGAGAUGGGAGGAGUAGGAGGACACGUGACCGCAGGAGAUGGAGGGAGAGAAGCGAGGGUAUCGAGAUACAGAGAGAAGAGAAGGACAAGGUUGUUCUCGAAGAAGAUACGGUACGAAGUCCGGAAGCUGAAUGCGGAGAAGAGACCUCGAAUGAAAGGUCGAUUCGUCAAGAGGGCGUCCUGUACAGGACCAGCUGCUUUUCCUUUCUGAGUUCUGACUAUGCAGUAACCGUCUGUUAAAGAGUUUGUUUGAUGGGCUUUCAAAGUUUUAUUUUCGAUGGCCUGUGAACUAAUGCCAUUGAGUAUUGACUAAUAUUAAAACUUCAGUUUUGCUCUCUC